GACCUGCCGAACAGGAAGACACCUGGUAGGAAGAGCAGGGCUCUGGAUUGCUCUGGACCCGAAGGCCUCAGGUGACCUCUGAGUGAGAGAUCAUCUUAUACACAGUCACAGCGAGGAUGCUUGGAGGCAGUGCUGUGUUACUGACGCAGCGAGCCAGCUCAUUGGCCUCCCUGUACAGGCAGUGCAUGGAGUUGGCCCGCCCGCACCGAUAUGAAGGCAGAAUGUCCCCGUCUCCUUGCAUCCACAGGCUACGGGCUUCUCUGGUUUUCCCAUGGUAGCAGGGUUGCCUGCAAGGCUCCUGUGGCAUGGAGGAGGCUGACAGUGACAGGGCAGGCUUGUCAGGUCCUCAGUGGAAGGAUACCUCAUGAGCAGUGUACAAAAGUGUAGGGACAGUUUUCUUGCGGCCAUCGGAUUAGAACUUUUGCCCCUUGCAGCGUUGCUGGCAAGGGAUUGUAUACUAGUUAUAAUAGGUCUGUCAGCAGAUCAGACCUUUGGGAACGUCCCAUUUUUAUACCUCGAUCUUGUAUCGGUAUUCACAUAGUAUUGACGCACUGUAAUGAAGCCUUGGCAAGAUUCUACCACCCAGUAACUACAGAAAAUCAGCGUGAGUUAAGAUAAAAGCACGUGGUGGUGCUUCUUGAUUCACAUGUGGCCUGUAUAUUAUUGCCGGUGAAUAGACGGUGUCCAAUUACAAGGAACGGUGUACGAUUGCAUUGAAUAAUAAACUAGCGCAAAGGCACAGAGCAGUGUUCCUUGGGUGUUUCUUGUACAUUGGUUCAAUUUUGCUUAUGGAGAAUAAGGUUGUAUGGCUCCUACGGGUGCCUGCAACAUGGUGCUGGAACACAGAGGAUGUGUAAUCCUGCAAGACAUUCCAGUC